GGUAUCCUCGCUGGCCAGUUCCACGAACUGAGCACCCCUGCCUUUAUCGUCUGCUUCGCCUUCCUCCAGUUCUUCUUCAACUUCGGUGCCAACACGUGCUGCUACCCCGCGGAAGUCUUCCCGACCAAGUUCCGCGCGUCCGCGCACGGCAUGUCCGCCGCGUGCGGCAAGGCCGGCGCGAUCCUCUCCGCGCUCGCCUUCAACUCGCUCUCCAAGCAGAUCGGCACCCCCGCCGUGCUCUGGAUCUUCUUCGGCUGCUGCAUCGCCGGCGCAGGAUUUACGCUCCUCCUGCCCGAGGUCCGCGGGCGUGAUCCCGACGUGGUCUACGAAGAGGAGCUCCGCGAGCGCCGCGCGCUGCGUCACGACUGA